UUACGCUGUCGCCUUACUGUAAACUGUAACAUAAGUUGCGUCAGUUAAACGGAUAUCAAAUUGGAUAUAAGUGGAUAGAAGAUCACAUAUUAUUGACGAGUUAUUAUUCAGUGUGAGUUCUAAAGGAAUGUGGAUUUACUUCCCGGGUUAAUGAUUGGAGUUGAAAACGGAAUACUUAAGCUUAUAACUGCGCAGAAAAGCCAAUAGAACGCUGAGUGAAAAAGUCUUAUUUCUACAAUAUAAAUGUCGAAAUCCUCAUAAAGCGAAGCGAGCAGAAAAAGCACAGGUUUAUGUCUUCGUUGAACCGACUGCGAAAAGAGUGUUGGGACGAAUGAGCCAUUUUCUUGUGAUAUAAUUGACUCAAGAAUGAAAAGAGGUGGACUGAAUAUCUUUUUUAUGGAUAAGUGUUUUAUGAUUUACUGUGUCACUUGAACGCAUGUAAAAUACUUUGUAAAAGUGUAUCACCAGGAAGUAUAAAGGAAACGUCGAUCAGCUUAAACACUGAUUAACGCCUAUAUCAUACUGUAGGCAGCUGAACGAAGUUGGAUACUAUAUGAAUCUGAUGGAAAUUAUAGGCUAAGACCUAUAAGUUGCAGGACGGUACCAUUGCUCUAGAUAGUAGACUCACUAGGCUUCGCCAAACAAUUAUGGUGUCGUCGCAGUAACGAAUUAUUUGCCCUUCAGUCAAGCCGAUCUGCGUUCACUUAACAUAUCAAGUAGUAAGUGAAAAUACAAGGAUUCGAAAUUUGGAUAUACGUUGUUGACGAAAGAAACUACAAACUUUUGGAUUACGAUAAUUUAGUUACGUGGUACAUUUGACUUCUGGAUACUUGAUCUAUUUGGAUUACCUGAAUCUUAUAUUUUGGAUGGAUAUUUUCUCAAGUUGGCGGAGACAGCGACGAUACUGCUGACGUCAUCAUCAACUGCUAAGCCAUGUCUUCCUCCAUCGUGAAAUCGAAGAUAGUCCAAAUCGCAAUCAUAACUAUCAUACUUCCCCAUUGGAUAGAAUCCGCCACACUAAGAACAAACACUAUGGUGGCAACCAAUCAAAACUUCGCUUGCGGAUUACUUCUUACUUUACUGCUGCCUCAAUGGAUCACAGGAUUAGCCAAUCAGGACUGGCAACACAAUAUUCAAAGGGGUGCAGCUGUGAAGAAGGAGGUCGAAAUUGCCGCGAUUAUUCCUUUUGAGGAACAGCGAUUGUUUGCGCAAAAAAGGGUGCUGCCUGCAAUAAGAAAUGCAAUUGACAAAACCCCAAUUUUCGGAGGAAGAACCUUAACAGUCAAAGACAGGGACUCCAAAUGUACCGAUGCAGACGGGAUGAAUCAGGCGAUUAACUUCUACAUGUUUAAAGAGGUCGACGUGUUCUUUGGGCCGGUUUGCGAUUUCACACUAGCGCCAGUCGUACGCCAAGCAAACUACUGGAACAUCCCCGUAGUCUCGGUCGGCGCGAUUGCGCGAGAUUUUCGAUCGCGUCGUCGCUCCACCUAUUGGAUGCUGACGUCAAUGUCACCGGUCAACUUUCUAUCUCUGACAAACUUCUUUCACAACAUAUUCGAUUUGUACAAAUGGCAGAAAAUUAAGAUUGCCUAUGAUCAGCAAGGCCAAGAUUUUAUUAUGACACGAUUUUGUCACUUGGCGAUUGAUUCAGUGUACUAUACAAUGGUGCAAGACUGGGAUAAUUUCACAGCGGAUUACAUUCAACUGGAACCAAACAAAGCGGAUUUCGGAGACCAAAUUUUGAGAAAGGAAGUGGGGAACGAAUACGGAGUGAUUGUCCUGUGCGCCAAUGCAGACUCCGUCCGGCAGAUAAUGCUUAAAGCGGCUGAACUUGGGUUCGACAAUGGAGAGUAUGUUUUCUUCAACAUCGACUUGUUUAGCAGUAAAGAGGAGAGCGAGAGGCCCUGGUUCCGCGCCGGCGACUCAGACAAGCUUAACGCCAAGGCGAAAAAGGCAUACGAAGCUCUAAUGACGGUCACUCUCAGGAAACCAGACAGUCCAGAGUACCACGUCUUCUCGGAUGAGGUGAAGCGGCGGGCAAAGAAGGAUUAUGAUAACUUCAACUAUGGCGAAGAUGAGGUCAACAGCUUCGUCGGGGCCUUUCACGAUGCUGUCAUCCUGUAUGCACUAGCGCUGAAUGAGACCCUGGCGGCAGGCUACAACAUCACGAACGGCAAGGAAAUAACCAACAGAAUGUGGAAUCGGACAUUUGAAGGGAUCACUGGUACUGUCAGCAUUGAUGAAAAUGGAGACAGGAAUGCUGAUUAUUCCCUUCUCGAUCUCAAUCCGAAAACUAAUAAAUUUGAGGUGGUCGCCAAUUACUAUGGCAACAAGAAACAAUACGAGGCUGUGGCAGGGAAGAGUAUUCACUGGGCAGGAAACAAGAAUGAGCCUCCUAGAGAUACACCAGAGUGUGGAUUUGAUGGCUCAGGGUGUCCGGAUGACGAGCCUUUUCCAAACUUUGCGAUUGUCAUCAUCGUGCUUGGCUCACUCCUUAUCAUCGUAUCAGUUGGAGCGUUCUUCUUGUACAGACAUCUAAGAUUAGAAGCUGAGUUAGCCGAAAUGAGCUGGCGAAUCAAAUUUGAAGAUAUUGUGAUGAACGAGAGGCGCAGUGGGUUAAAAAGGUCUGGCAGUCGCAUGAGCCUAACACGGCGUGCCUCAGCGGAGAGCCACCUAUCGGGAGACACUAUUGCUAUCUGUCUGAGUGAUAUGGGAAACAAACAACUGUUCACCAAGACUGGAUAUUACAAAGCAACGAUAGUUGCCAUCAAGCGACUCGAAAAAGAGGUGGAGAUAACAAAACCAUUACUCUUGGAAAUCAAAAAAGUGAAGGACCUCCAGAACGACCAUUUGGUGCGGUUUGUAGGAGCCUGUAUUGACCCACCCCACGAGUGUAUAGUCACUGAGUACUGUCCUAAGGGAAGCUUGGAGGACGUCUUGGAGAACGAGCAGCUCAAAUUGGACUGGAUGUUCAAGUAUUCAUUGAUGCAAGACGUUGUCAGGGGCAUGGCAUAUCUUCAUGGCAGUGAGAUCAGGUCACACGGGAACCUUAAAACGUCAAAUUGUGUUGUGGAUAGCCGGUUUGUUCUAAAAAUCACUGAUUUCGGUCUUCAUUCACUCCGUGAUUUACCUUAUUCGGAAGAUAUGCACACUUAUUAUAGCCGACAAAUUUGGACUGCUCCAGAAAUAAUGAGAUUGCAAAGUCGGCCACCAGAGGGCACACAGAAGGGCGAUGUAUAUAGCUUUGCAAUAAUUUGUCAAGAAAUAGUCUACCGGCAGGGGGCGUUCUAUGUCGCAAACAUGGAUCUGUCACCAGAAGAAUGCGUCCGAAAGGUGAAAAAUGGUCAAAAGCCCUACUUCAGGCCUACACUCGAAGAAGACGAUAUUAGUGAGGCGCUGGCCGAUAUGAUAAGACGGUGCUGGAACGAGGACCCCGUGGAGAGGCCAGACUUCUCUCAGCUACGGUCAACCAUUAGAAAACUCAACAAGGAAGGUGAUAGUGGAAAUAUCCUAGAUAAUCUCCUGCUUCGAAUGGAGCAAUAUGCAAAUAACCUGGAAACCCUGGUCGAAGAGAGGACGGCAGACUACUUAGAGGAGAAGAAGAAAGCAGAGGAACUUCUCUACCUUAUGUUACCAAAAACUAUAGCAACCCAGCUUAUUGCCGGGCAGGUGGUGCAGGCUGAGACCUUUACGGCCGUAACCAUUUACUUCAGCGAUAUCUGUGGCUUCACGGCCCUCUCAGCUGCCUCCACACCCCUUCAAGUGGUUGAUCUCCUAAACGAUCUGUACACUACCUUUGAUUCCAUAAUAGAAAACUUUGAUGUAUAUAAGGUUGAAACAAUAGGUGACGCCUACAUGGUCGUGUCUGGUCUUCCUAUUCGCAACGGCAAACUCCAUGCGCGAGAAGUGGCGAGAAUGUCAUUGUCUUUACUCAGUGCUGUCCAUUGCUUCAAAAUCCGGCAUCGCCCAGAGGAGAAAUUGAAGCUACGAAUAGGCAUUCACACUGGUCCUUGCGUAGCGGGUGUGGUAGGGUUAAAGAUGCCGCGCUAUUGUUUAUUUGGUGAUACUGUUAAUACUGCUUCUAGGAUGGAAUCUAACGGAUUACCCCUCCGAAUCCACGUCAGCCCUUUCACGAAAGAGGUACUUGACACGUUUGGCACAUUCGAGUUGGAGCUCAGAGGUGCAGUCGCUAUGAAGGGCAAAGGUGAAGUGGUGACCUACUGGCUGAACGGUGAAAAGAACGUGGACGAUCCCCUGCUCUACUACAAAAAUCUGAAAAUCGCAAGGAAUAAUAACUCUGCAUCUCCUCAUGGUUCUCUAAGCGGGAGUCAAACUCUAUCUGCUGGUCAAACGGAGGAGGCAUUACAUCGGCCUUUGGCACACAAGGACAGUAAUCAUAUAUCGUCAGUUCCAGAGCAGAGUUUGCUGUACACGGAGACAACGGGAUUAUGAUAGGGGACAUUGUAAAUUAAUCUGCGCUUUCAUCAUUUUACGCCAGAGGUAUCAUAUGUGACGACAGAGGUUGUUUUUUUCUUUUACCGCGGUAGAGGCACAUGGGAGAGAUCGUGGAUUAAUAUGUAGUUUCUUCAUUUUACACUGGAGAUCGCUUUGUGCGGUGCCAGAGACGUAGCCGUGAUGCAAGAGAGACACAUGCGACGGAUUGAACCCAACCAGUGUAGGCCUAAACGCCUGCAACUAAGAUUGUUCACAAUCUUACGUUACGCCUUGAUAGUAAUCAACCGAAUGAGGAUGACUCUGUUUUAAGCCAGUGGAUGGCGAACUGGCAUAUGAUUUAUACAUGUAUAUGUCAACCUCUGCGACUGGGUGCUGUAGUUUCAUGUUGCUGUCGGUUGUUUUUUUAUUGGCAGCAACCCCUGUUGAAAGUCCUGGAACACUAGACGUUUUAAUUGCGCGCGCUGUAUAUAUGAUUUGCUUCACUGUUGGCUGAUGUGCGUGUAGUGACCAUCUCGAUCUCCAGCAAUAAUGAGCAAUAAUAGAACCCUGUGACGGAGGGUGACCAGACUGUUCUAUUUGCGCAAUUAUCCUUCUCACCUAAAAGUUGUUCCCCUGGCUGCGGAAAACUAGUGUCUGAAGUUUGAUAAAAGACGUGACACUUGGUCUAAUCGCCGCGAAGAAAUAUGUUAAAAAUCAUUGAAAUAUAUUGUUUUAUUGUUUUGAUGUAAGCAAGUAACUGUAAUAUUUUGGCGACUGUUGUUUUGAGACUGACUGGGACUGUUUUAGAAUUUAAUCAAAGACACAAAAUUUCCGAUAAUCAAAAACAAACAUUUGGGAAUGUUUUGCAGUGAUGUGAUUGGGAAUACUAGUGAGAUGUUUAGUAACGUCUCAGAUUCCAGCCUGAGGAAAACUUGAGGUAAUCUUUCUGACUCUCUCUUUGUCAAUACACAUGAUUCAGGCCACCAUUACUGAAAUCCAACGCAAAAUAUCUUGAAGUAAUCACAGGUGCCUGACGAUAUAAGAAUAAUAGCACUUGCUCAGCCCCCAAAUUCAUGAUAUAGGCAGACCUACGUAACAAUGCGCAUUUCGAUUCAUUAUGUCCUGGCCUUACAAAUAUUUUCGGUCGGCUUUGUAGGGCAGAUUGAUCAUUUAUUGAUUGGCUGAUUUUUGUAUCUUCAAGAGCCUGUGGUGAAUUAAUGAUAAGUGGCCUGAUAAUGACACUGGGAUUGAGAUUAGAUAACAUCCAAGUCUAGUGGUCAGAAAGGAUAGUUGCUGCGUUGGUAAUUUUUCGGCCUAAUAAAAUCAAUAGUUCUCAAGCGAAUACGAUUUAUAAGAGAAGUACCUUGAAGUAAUGACAGACUUGCACGACUGAUAGUUCAUGAGUGUUUCUGUGUAAGGAGUGUGAUUCUUCAAUGCCGCAGAGAAAACGUGCUGCCUGUUUCUCCAACUAUUUGUAUAUACUUUAAAGUGCAUACAUGUGGCACACUUAACACAUACAGAAUCUAUCAAAUAGUGCUUCGUCAGCAUCUUUUUCGAGAUAGUCCUCCCUUGGUAAGCAUGGGGACUUAGAUGGUCCUAGGAAACCUAUCUUAAGGGAACCUCUACAGGGUGUCGACAAAAUGGCUUGUUGGCUUGUUGUGUAUAAUGUGAAGCUUUUGCUACACCCUGUGGAGUUUUCUAACCUCAUUUGGUGAGACACAUGUGAGGUUUUUUUGUGACAGACUAUAAAUUCUUAAAGUAGAAUAUAUUAUUGUUUUUCUCAAGAACAUUUUCCGUUUUUUCGUAAAAGGAGGAAUAAAGGGAUGAGGGGUCGAAUUGGUGGUCUCCAGGCGAACAUAUAAUAAUAAUAUUAAUAAUAAUAAUAAUGAUAAUGAGUUCUUAUGUAGCGCUUUUCCCGGUUUCCCUGCUCAAAGCGCUUUUGGGAUAUCAUAUUAUUAUCCGGUCUCCACAAAAAUCAAUCCGCGGUUUCGGUUAGCAACCAGAAGGCGCUCACUUGAACUCGACCAGUAGGAGAACCAAGCCGUGGCUAGGCUGGGAGUCGAACCCAUGAGGCCGACUUUCUUAUAGCCUUUAGCAUAUAAUCCGUAUUUUUUGUCUGAGCGAAAAUAUCAUAGGUUUUUAGUAAACCUAAAUAUGAUUGUUACAGACUGUGUCCUCUACAGGGUGGCCAAGAAUUAUUUUCGUUUGGACAAUAGCAUUCUUUUGUGUAUCCAUUGUCUUGAGGGAAAAUAAUUCUGGGCCACGCUGUAGUUAAAUUGUAUAUUUCUCAAGACACUACAAGGAGGAUACCAGAGGUGGGUAACGGCUGAGUUCGUCGUGCGAUUGAAGAGGUUACAAAUUAUAGAAUUCACUAUUAGGCCUUGUGAAUAUAGAAGAGAUAACUGCUGAUCGAGUGCCGGGCAAAUAGUUCUGGUAAACAUUGUGCUGGGUUUGAAAUUGAAGACUAAAAAAACGACAUUGAUUUAUUGAUAACAAGUCCAUUAAGCAAGCUUAUAACAGUGGUUGUUUGAGCAUAUAUAAGGCAGGCGGACAAGACUGACUUCUGGUUUCAUCCCUGAGGACACCACCCUAACUUUAUUGAUUAGUUUUGGUAGAUACCAUUUUAUUAACAAAAAUAGCAGCCGUGUCAUAUAUAUAUAGAGACCCAGGUGUGGUUUUUCUCAGUAAACUCCAAAUUUCCAUGCACACUUGAUUUUAGCGGAUUUUGCGAAUAACAUAGAUUCACGAAAACAAAAAAAAUCAGAAGAGAAAAAUGUUUUGAUCAGAAAAAAUCUAAAACAUAUUUUGUUAUCCGCCCAGCUGAAAAAUCCAUGAACUGUAAAAAUAAUGGGGUGCAAGAAAUUGCCGAUUUUCAGUCACUGGUGACCAUUUCUCAGUUCUCAGUGCCUCUGUGACUGGAGAAUACCAAGAGAGUGCUCUGUGUUUUACCACAUAUUCGGUCAAUGUUUUGUUCUUGGACACUAAGAUAUGAGGUGCAACCGAAAAUGUUACACCAGUGUAAAGGAUGUACUCUCGCAAUCUUUAAUCUUAGUUUGUGAUAUAAAUAAUAAUCAAAGUUUAGGUAUUUUGUUAACUGUAUAUAAUUAUAAUUACAUACUGGUAUAUAAUUACAAUUGUAUGAUAUAAUUGAUGUGAUCCACAAUGUAAAUUAUAUAAUUAUGGUACAGUUAUAUUUGCAUCAUUAAAAAAUUAUAAUUAUAAUUGACGAUUUAUGCAUUGAUAAUGUUAAUUAUAAUAACAAAUACAUUUGCAUCAUUAAUUGCAACUAUAAUUGUAUAGCUGAUGUGAUUUAUUAAAAAAUGAUCAUCCUCAAUUAUAAUUAAGAUUGUAUAGAUGCACAUCAUUAUGUAAAUUACAUAACAAUAAUUACAUUUGCAUCAUUAAUUAUAAAGAUGAUUGUAUACUUUAAGUACUAAUUUAUAAUGUAAAUUGUACACCUGUAGUGUAUAAACGUAUAGAUAAUUAUGUGAACAUAUCAUGAAUUUUUGCUCGAAGAAGGCGCCUUUUUCUGUCAGAUUUGUUAUAAUACUAUAUUCUAAAAUACCUUGGUACCGUAAAGUCAACUUUUAAAUGGAAAAUGCAUAAGCCUCGUUCUGAGAGUGGAGUGUUUUGGACACGCAACCAAGAUGCUCUACCAAAGUUCCCUCGGGUUGCACUAAAAUGUGGAACCAUGCACACAGCUCACUUCAGAAGUUUGAGGCUCUCAAAACACUGCUUCAAACACAAAUCAGCCAAGGAAGCAUCAACCACCCUAAGUUUUUUAAUGAGCACUACACAUAUUUGCUGAGAAAAACGCUCCAAAUAGCCCAUUUGCGCGGAUUUUAGCGUCACUUGAGCGAGCCGAUCCGGACUUCCUAUACGGGCUGCCGUAACAUAAUGUAAACAACGGCGCUACCGGCGCUCCGGGCAGGCGAUGGAUGGAAUUUGCCAAAUUCGCACAUAUUCAAGUUAUUUCGUGGCCUAUCUUUUUAAGUUUGAGGUAUUUUAGAAUAGAAAUUGAACCCUCGGCUUCGGACCUUGGUUGAGUUACCAAGACACUCUCGGGUGGAGCUAAAAUUUCGUCCAAACCCUCGCCUAUCGGCUCGGGUUUGGACUGUAUUUUAGCUCCACCCUCGAGUGUCUUGGUAACUCAACCAAGGUCCUCCGCCUCGGGUUCAAUUCCUUAAACAACACUCCCGUGGUUUUAUAUCUCGGCCUACGUGCAAGGAAUAGACGGAAGCAUUGAGAGGACGUGCAUUUGGCUCUGUCCGCGCAGUUUGUGGCGUACAUUUUGUUACAUCACGUCGGUUGGCGCCGUUGUGGACUCCGUCACGGCCGCCAAAUCCUCUAUACAUUUUUACAGAAUUUCUUUGUUAAUGGCUUUAAACCCUUUUUUGAGGAGACAUGGUCGUUAACCUUUCGCGAAUUGAGAAGUAAUAAGCAAACGAUACAUCGUAUCAAAAAAGUCCUUAUGUCAAAAUGAGUGGUUUUGAAAUAAAUUGUGCACAUUCGAGUGUCGUAUCUCCGGUAACGUACUUGGGGAUGGAAAAAAGCAGAGAUUCGUGACGUAUCCGAUGGUCACAAUAUGGGUGAUGCUAGAUCAAGAGUGAGUCAAGGAGGUGUCAUGGUGGCAUAUGCUAAAUUUAGAAAAGCACAUGGCUAAGUGUCAGAUGGUCACGUGAACGCAUGAUCGGCGUACAUAAGCUGUGCAUCGUGUACGCAGUGCCUGGAUGUGUAGUGUAAACGGAAAGAUAGUCCCUCGAAUCGUUAUUCACAAAUGCCUGUGUGUGGUUGUGCUGAUAGUAUUUUACAGAAUUUGCAGAUGAGUUUACUGGUGGUGUGUGUGUCAGUGGUGAAGUAGAUGAUCCCAUCAAAAAAAAUUAUUUCUAAGGCACCAAGAAUCCACUUAGGCCUCUCGGCCUCUAUAAAUACUAUAUUGUCAGCUUGCUAUAUUUGACCCAAUCCAUAAUGUACCAUGAAGACCUGAAAGGGUUUCGAUUUCUGAGAAAAGGUGAAACUUUACCGUUGGGAAUCUCCGUUUUACGACUCGGCACAGGUUAUCACGUAAAAACACUUGAUUACAAAAAAGUAAAUCUGGAGGCCCGGUUUUCAAGAAAAUUCUCCAAGUCCAUGUCAACAAGUACACGUGCUUGUAUCUAAUUUUACCCCUCGGAAUUCCACUGAUGAUGUCAUUCAUAGACACGUUAUCAUAGCCGCCAUGACACUGCCAUUACUCACUCUUGAUCUAGCCUCACCCGUCAAAAUAUUCCGCAAAGAGUAAAUGAGGUCAGAAAUUUUGUAUAAUUAUCUUAAAUUCAUCAGGCCACAUUGAUUUUGUUAACAAAGCAUUUUGAGCAUACGGAGAAGAGAAUAAUGGAUGCUGAAGGGUUUAUCAGGUUAUUGUUCCGUCAGGCACAAUAAAAACAUGCUUCUUUUGGUGUCUGAGGGGUAAUUAUGCCACCCCUGAGAAUAUCUGCCAAAAGAGAGACAAGGGGUAGUAUAAAAACAUAAUUUCUACGGAAAAUCUGGUAUUGCAUUUUAAUUAAGACAUCCACUGGCUAGACUCCGAGCGCAGUGGACCGGCCUCGUCCCUCCCCCAAACCAGCGACAAGUGGUGAGAUAUAUGGAGGUUUUUGUAAGGGGCGCUGAGUUUGUUUUCAGUCACUGAUGCAUUAAAUGUUAACAUCCUAUCGGGUUCUUCCACCUGGCUUGGAAUGUCCUGCGCUCUUUGCAACACAGUUGAGACCUCGAUAAACCUGCUUGUAUUCAGCAUAACCAUGUCGGAACAGACUACUGCCUGAGAGCAAUCCACCUCGUACUAGAAUGUAGAUAAAAAAUAGUAGCGGUCCAAGGACCGGACCUUGGGGCACACCGUAAUGCAACACCGUUGCUGUAACCAUAACGUUAACCAUCUUCCUGUCACUGACCACAGGUCAGCACAUGGCCUAUUGUUGCACCUCGUUCUAGUACAUUGUUUACUGCAGUUUGAUGCUUUUUCAAUGAUCCUUGUUUGGAGAAGAUGCGGUUCUGCUGAAAGAAUUUUUGAUAAAAAGCACAUAUCUCAUGCCCACAUUGGCCCUUUAAAUCAUCUUACAGGUGUUAAAAUUGACAGUGUUAAAUUUAUGUAAACAUAGCCUAAUGGGGCUGUCUUCACGGUUAACCAGGCCAUCUGUGCCGUAUCAUAAUGUUUGACCAACUUCACUGUCUACAAGCCCGCCAUAAGAAAGCAUCCCAAUGGCCAAAUAUUUUGUUGUAUGGGGUGGACAAGACUUUUUAAAGCCAACGCGGCGACGGUUGAAAUAAUACCCAAAUUGUAUUGAAAUGCCCAACAUAACAAAUGAGUAUGAUCAAUAGACUCUACUUUCGGGAAAUGUGGGAAAUAUAGCUUUGGGCGAUUGUACCAGUCUAUGAAAAAAAUAAGACUCCGAUUGACUUUGAACAGUGACUUUGCCUAUUAUUUUGUUGAUGCUCUGUGAAACUGCAACUGGUUAACAAAAUGGCAAACAUUUAUUAAAGCCCCUUUUGUUGUACAGCAACACACGGUCCACUACCAAACAUAUGAGCAUUUUACAGGAUUGAAGUCCGAGCGAGGUCAGAUAUGAUUUAUGUCUUCGAAAUUUGGUGGGUAUAUCAUUUGGAAGAUUAGAAUAAUUAUUUUAUAAUUAUGAUUUGGACCUGAUAGAAAUCCUAUACAUAUCUCAUACCUUAGUUUUGGUGUUGCGGGUUUUUUUACAGGAUAAGUAGGUUGCAGUCAUUUAUCGGGUCCUAUUGUAUAGACUGAAUUAUAUACGUAUCAUACAGUUUUGAUGUCAAAUCAAUUGUCUUGGUGGUUCUACUGUACUGGACCAUGAAAAACGGAUAAUAAAAGUCCGGUAAAAUUUCAGUGGUCGCAGUCGUACUGUAAAUUGAUUGGACCAUGAGUAGCUAACUGAUUAUAGUCCAGUCAAUUAGUGGUGUGAUUAUGUUGUAUAUUGACUAGACUAUUAGUAGCGGACAGUUUUAUUUUCCAGUCAAGCAGCGGUGGCCUUGCACUACAUGGACUUGACUGUUAGUAUGCGCCAUUGAUUAACCAAGUCGUUCUGAUGUUAUUUGAAAUGUUUAUCCAUCAUCUAGGGAAUAAAUUUGUAUAAAAUGGAAUUGUAGAGAUCAAACUGUAUAAAUUUGUUAGAUGUAACAUAAGUACAUUUCAUAUUAAAUUACCUGCUGUUUUGUGACAAUGCUCAGAUAAAAUAAA